AUGGAAGGUUCGAAUGAUGCUAUUACAGACAUAAGGGACGCUGAAAUACCCAGGAGUGAGAACUCAACGUCUAUGCGGGAGGUUAAUGGAGCUUUCUCGCCGAAAUCAGCUGUCGCUCGUGAUAGUGAAGACCUUAAGAGCGUUACCCAAGUUUCAGACAACGGGGACGCUCCUAAUAUGAACAGAGAGGCCCUUGAACUCGAACCCGAUCUCAAAAUGACUUUACCGGAAACUUUAGAUCACGAAGACUUCUCGAAAUUGCUUGAAUUGCAUUCAGGAGAUGACCAGGACUUAUUUUCACCCACGGACCUGCUGGAGCAUGGAAUGAGUGCCGAGGAUGCUAGCAUCCUCGACAGGGCUGCCCACGAAAAUGAUGUCGCAAGCGUUUCGUCUUCCAAAGCGACCGACGAAAAUACGCCUCAGCCGCGACCGCCUAGUGCCAUUAGUACGAACGACGUGGACCAUCCACCUUUAAUUGACGCGGUUUUGGCUGAAACUCGUUUGCCAGACAAUGACGUUGUUCAAUCUUUGGACAAGAACGAAGAUUUAAUGAAGAUCGUGAGAGGAGCUAGUGCUGAUAUUUCUGCAAAUGAAACGAAAAGAGAUCAAAACACGUCUAGGGGUUCUUUGCAGGAGGCAGGAUCAAUGCCGAACGACAAUCACAUUCCAGCAAACGGUGAGGCCGAGAAAAUCAACCUUGAAGCUUCAGCGCAAAUGCCAACUACACAACUCCACGCCUUCACAGCAAGCGAUGACGAACAAUCAAAAAUCUCGGCGUAUGCAAGGUUAGAUUUCCAAAGCUUCACGUUUUAUGUUCAGACGUUACAGGUCAUAAUAGGACGACGUUCUGAGAACGAGAUCAGUCAUAAAGUUGAUGUUAACCUUGGACCCUCGAAAUCAAUUUCUAGAAGACAUGCACAAAUUUUUUACAACUUCGGUACCGGGAGAUUCGAGCUCUCAAUUAUGGGCAAGAAUGGUGCCUUUGUCGAUGACAAUUUUGUCGAAAGGGGAAUUACAGUACCUCUACAAAAUAAGACCAAAGUUCAAAUUGGCCAAAUUCCUUUCCAAUUCGUAUUACCCGAUUCAGAAGUUAAGGAGAGACAACCGGGUGACCCGCCUGCUGAAAUUUCAGUUAAUAAGGGUCCGGUAAAAAAAGUCGAAAGUCCUGAAAGGCUGAGCGUCGAUGCGUCUCCGUCUGUCCCAGCCGAGGUUCCCAAGAUUUCAAAGGAAAAUCAGGUUAACGUAGAAGCUCAGAAACAGUUGGUGAAAAAGAAGGAUAAAAAGGCACCUAGAGUACCCAAGGCUCCCAAAAAGGUUUACACAUUGGAGGAAAUUCCUUUCGAGUUUCGCGAAAAACCGGCGUGCUCGUAUUCUAAUCUCAUUACAACUUGCCUGAGAAAGUUUUCCACCGCAAAGGGCAUGUCCUUGUCUGAAAUUUAUGCAGGCAUCAGAGAGCUGUUUCCUUAUUACAAGUAUUGUCCUGAUGGCUGGCAAAGUUCUGUGAGGCACAAUUUAUCCUUGAACAAGUCUUUCAGAAAAGUUUCCAAAGAAGGCAAGGGCUGGCUUUGGGGCUUGGAUGAGGAAUAUAUUGCAGAAAGGGAAAGGCAGAAAAAAAGGCAGGCAGAAGCUGCUGCAGCGAAGGCUAAAGCGGCUCAAAUUAAAUCCGAGCAGCAACAAUUACUCAGGGCAAAAAAGGCAGCAGCGAGUGCAAAUGUCGGUACCUCUGGAAGAAGCUCCGUAAACAUCCCUAUUGUGAAAGCGACAACCAAGCAACCGAACAUCUCACAGACAUUGGCAGCCAAUAGAGCCGAUACGAAGUUGAAUUCUGAUGCAAACCAGAGAACGAUGAAGCAUUUACAAGAACAAUUGAUGAUUCUGACGAAGGACAGAAAGGGAUUGGACAAGCAAAUCAUGGCCAACAUUUUGACACAAGCUUUGGCGAUGACAAUCAACCAAGUCACUCAGGCCGCGAAAUCAAAAGGUAUCACAGGGAACCCUUUAACCGCUUUGAUUGAUAGGAAUCCUCAGCAUUUGAAUCUCAUUCUGGCUGCGGCUGUUAAUGCGGCCACAGUGAAGGUAACAAAUGGAAAGAUCAAGCAACUGGUUUCUAUGCCCCCACCAAAUGCUAAUAAACCAAAUGUCACCGAAACACCAAAAUCGCUUUUAAACCCUCCACAAGCAGUUAGGAGCUCCGUGGGAUCUGGAACUUCGUCAUCGGCACCAAAUGUCAAGUCAAGCGACUCUUUUGAUCCCAGUUCAUUAUCGAAAUUUUUCCAGCCCAAACAGCCUCCUAAACAGACGCCACCUCCAGCACCACGAAGCGUACUACCUAAGAAACGCACGUCCUCUGAGAGUGAAUCAAGUUCUGAAGACAAUUCUAGUGAUAAUGGAAGCGGCAGUGAUGGAAGUGAUGACAGUGACGGAAGUGGGGACUCAAACAGCGAGGAUGAGGAAAGCGGAAGCGACAAUGAGGACACUUCAAGCAACGAGGAAACCAGCGAUGAAAAUUAG